CCAAAACCCACAUUGUAGGGGUUGGUCGUCUCGUCUUCCCAAAAUUCUCACCCAAGCCAAAACCUCACUCCCAACUGAGAAACCCUAACCCCGCGGAAGCACGCGGAACAGUCCCGGCGGUCGGAAAUGGACGGCGUCUCAUACCAGCGGUUUCCGAAGAUGAAGAUAAGGGAGAUGAAGGACGACUACGUCAAGUUCGAGCUCCGCGACACGGACGCCAGCAUGGCCAACGCCCUGCGGCGCGUGAUGCUCGUCGAGGUCCCGACCAUCGCCAUUGACCUCGUCGAGAUCGAGGUAAACUCGUCCGUCCUCAACGACGAGUUUAUCGCCCACCGGCUCGGCCUCAUCCCCCUCACCAGCGAGCGCGCUAUGGGGAUGCGCUUCUCCAGGGACUGCGACGCCUGCGACGGCGACGGGCAGUGCGAGUUCUGCUCCGUGGAGUUCCACCUUAGGGCUAAGUGCAUGGGGGACCAAACUUUAGACGUCACCAGCAAGGACCUGAUCAGCUCCGACCACACUGUUGUUCCCGUCGAUUUCUCCGAUUCUGCCGGUUUCGACUCAUCUGAGCAGAGGGGAAUUAUUAUCGUAAAGUUGCGCCGCGGUCAAGAGCUGAGGCUGAGAGCUAUUGCAAGGAAAGGAAUUGGCAAAGAUCAUGCGAAGUGGUCCCCUGCAGCCACUGUUACCUUCAUGUACGAACCCGAGAUUCAUAUUAAUGAAGAUUUGAUGGAAAGCCUUACCCUUGACGAGAAGAGAAGUUGGGUGGACAGUAGCCCGACGAAAGUGUUUGACAUCGAUCCAAAUACCCAUCAGGUUGUAGUGGUUGAUCCCGAGGCCUAUACAUACGACGACGAGGUACUGAAGAAGGCAGAAGCCAUGGGGAAACCUGGGCUUGUAGAGAUAUACCCAAAGGAGGAUAGCUUCAUCUUUACCGUUGAAUCGACAGGUGUGAUCAAGGCCUCUCAGCUGGUCCUGAAUGCCAUUGAGAUUUUGAAGCAGAAGCUCGAUGCUGUCCGGUUGUCAGAGGAUACUGUGGAGGCUGAUGAUCAGUUUGGGGAGCUCGGCGCUCACAUGCGUGGAGGCUGAUAACGUCUCUGUGCUUUCGAUGAUGAUUAUUGUGAUUGAAUCUAACUGAACUGACAAUUACGUCCUUGAUUGCUCUAAGGACUUGUUUAUAUGUCGUACCUAUGACAAUUGCCAUCUACUCAGGGAACACUGAUGCUGUCUCCUCGAUGUUUGGGAGUUCGUUGAGGAGAAAUUGUGGAUGUUUCUUUUCGGUAAGUUAAUUAACAAAGUAUGUUCUUCCUCUCAA